CAACUAAACAACCUACCACAAGAAAACAGAGUUCAAUACCUACCCACCCCCUUUAAAGUUUCGGUUUUUUACGCGCCUGCUGACUAAUUGCCUUUUAUAUAGCCCGACUAUAUAAAACUGUACAAUAAGACACGGCCAACUGUUAUAAUUUUGCCAAGCCUAAGUUAAAGCUGGAAAUUGCUUCGCUCUAAAGUGAAGUUUGAAAUUUUCGCAGCGAAAAACGUUUUUUUCAAUUGAUUUUUAUUGAGUGAGAACGAGAACCCCUUCUGUUUCGGUUUCUAAUUGAAGACAAUUACUGGCAUAAAAAGUGAACUGCAUUCCAAGUAGAGCAAAACAGUAACUACUUCAUCAUCUUCAGCACAUCAUCAAGAUUCAAAUGCUGCAUUAUUAGCAUUCAUUUUCUGUGGGGCAACAACGAAAACGAAAAAAAUAAGCGGAAAAUGUAUCUCAUACAGACUGUUCAGACCACUUGGCGGCCACAAUUGCCGCUGCCCAGGGAGCUUCAACUGACCAAUGACCGGAACAGCGAAGAUUCGAAGGUGAUCACCACGACGACGACCACAGCGGACAUCCAUCAUCAUCACAACCACGAGGAGGAGGAGGAUUUAGAGGAGGACAUGGAUCGGCUGAGGGGCAAUCACAGCAUUGGAGGAUCCUCGCAACAGCUUUCGGGCAAACAGAAAUGGUCGUUUGGUCGUCUAUUCAAAAAGAAGAAGGAGGCGGAGAGUGCCUCCUCCAGCGAGGAGGAUCGCAAGGCGGGUUUUGUGCCCGCCCAGCGUCAAUCGGCGGCGGGCAAACCAAAGGGAAAACAUGGCAAGGGAUCACGAGGAAGCAGCAAGUUCGAUCACAUAGUGGUUAGUCCACGACAAGAGCAGGCGGCUCCACCACCACCACAUCCGCCGCAACCCAUCAUAGACAACGAGUUCUUCCUGCCCUUGGAAACCAUAGGACAAGAGCCCUACUAUCAAAAUCAACCGGGCUACUACCAGCGUUCUAGUAACUCCUUAGACAGGAGAUUACUCCUGCAGCAGCAUCCUGGCACUCAGGUUAACAAAUCCCGCUCAGCGCAGCGGGGACCCAAGCCACCGGGAGCUCCGCACUCCAGCGAAGAGGAACUCAUCUCGCUGAACUCCUCAACCUUCUCCAAAUACCGCAGCGAUGAAAGCAUCCACUUGGGCUCCUCCGCCGCUGGACAAAGUCGACGCAGUCGAGCGGCUCGCAAUGAGCGUUACUACAAGAGAUUAUCGAGGGAUGGUGAACCAAGUCAUGGAGGAGCUCCAGUAGUUAAUCCCCAACAGCAGCAGCAGAGGUACAAAACCCAACCUCUACCUUUGUCUAUUUAUCAACCAACCCCGAAUGCCUCCAAUGGCUACGUGCAGUGGCAACCGAAUCCCCCAAAGAACCUCCAGAAUGCGAUGCAGAAUGAUGGCAAGCGGAGCAUCAGCUACGAUAGUCACAUACACCUGCAGAAUAUGAAUGGAAGGAUGCAGAGUAAACCCUUGCCACCACCACCUCCACCCAGGGAUCCUUUGAGGAGGGUUCAGAUAGGAGGAGGAUCUGGUCAGAUGGGUUCCAGUUCGGGGGAUCUGCGUCCCGUUUCCUAUGCCUUUGAUCACAAUAGUCGCUGUGCUUCGGACGAUCGCAUUUGGCAGCCACCUCAUUACCAAUCGGUGCAUUCGCUCAACUCCCAGCCCAGUUCCUCGAUAGUCAGUGCUCCAGUGAGUCAACAGCAACCGCAUCACCGCAGAUUCAUCACUCGAUCGGAGAGGAAUGCCCAUCCCGGCAAGCAAUCGCUGCCCAAUGGCAUUGACUUUCACUAUGUGGCAGAUGCAACGCCGCGUUCGAGGAAGCCUAUACACAUGAUGGAUGCUGGGAGGAUGGACAGCGGAGGAGCUCCAGCCUCCAGUGGAGUACUAAGGACCUCCAAGAGUGGUCUACCCACGCCGAGUACGCCAGUUCCCCCACAACCCUUGGCCAAACCGAGAUCGUUUUCCAGCUCGCGACUCAGUGAACUGAGAACCUAUCCCAUGCCCAUGUACUCGGAGGUGCAGAAACCUAAGAAACCUUUGCAACCCUCACCCAAUCAGGAGAACAUCAUUUGCGGCAGUCUGCACAUUAAACCUAGUAAUCAAACGAGUGGCAAUCAAAACUAUGUGGAGAUACGCCAUCGGGAUGUGCACAAGACCAACUCGAUGCCGCAUCAUUAUCAAAACAGGAGAUCCGGAGAGGAUUUGCCUAACAAGUACGAGGAAUAUGUGGCCGAGAAGAGGGAGCAACAUCAGCAGGCUCCGCCACCAGUUUAUCCUGAAAGGAAGAUGAGCACUCCAUCGGUGGGUCCUCCUCCACCUGUUUACUUUCCCCGCAAGAAGCCUGCUAAUUUAGAGGAGGCCAUCAACGAACUGGAGGCCAUUUACAAGUCCCUUGGACUCACUGAACCAGCGGAAACCAAACCGGAACCCAAGAUAAGGAUUCCCACCCCCAGUGACUUUGAAAAGUUCGCUUUGGCGCAUGCCGAUGACUACGAGGAUGAGGAUUCCCCAACAGGAGAACCUGAUCCCGUUCGAGAUGAUGUGGCCUUUAGGAAUCUACAAUUAGCGAACCUCCCACAUCGUUCGGCGGAGAAGCAGCCACCAUUUGGCAUCCCAGUGGGACCCAUUGUGCCUGCCCCACAAUCCGAUUAUCUUCAUGUGGAGCCAGUGAGGGUGAAGAAGAAGACGGGCUCUCCUGACAUCAUUAAAGAUGAUCUGGCUGUGCGUUCUCUAAGGAAAGAUCCUCCAGGACCCAAGACCAGUUUUAUCUAUCCCAUGCAAAAGAAACAGCGGGCGAUAAGAACCCAGUCGGCUAAUAUCUAUAACCUCAUACAAAGAGAUGCUGCGAAGCCUUCGGGUGGAGAUCUCAAGAGCUACAUGGAACUCACACGCAAUCUGGAGAGAUCGGGCAGCAUGUCCAAUUUGCAGGGUGAAGGAGGAGCUAGUAGUGAUACCAAAGAUGUUCCCGCUACUCUUGAUCUCCUUCGGAAGUUAAAAGCCCAGGAUGAGGAACUGGAUUUGGCUAAGAAACACCACCAUCAUCAUCAUCAUUUGAUACCCUUUAGGCAUCCCAGUCAAGGGGGAGCCAUUGCCCAGCUGCCCGAGCGACUGAGCAAGGAGGAGAAGACACCUCCUGUUCCUGCUCCCCGCAAGAGUUUGACCCCCGAACCCAUGAUGGAUGAUGCUCUGAACAAGAUUGCCCAGGAUGCUCAGGCCUCAAGCAUUAAACUAAGUCAGGAGCUGCAUGAACUCAGAAAGGAGGCCUUGAUUACAGCCGCAAGACCUAAGUUAAAUGCGGAACAACAGAGAUUGGAGGAUGAACUGCAGCAAAUUGAGGCGGUUUCCGAGGCAGCCAAGCGAUGUGGUCAGAUGCUGCUGGAAACUCUGCCCGAUGCGGGUCAAGAAGAUCAGGAAUCGCAAGAGAAACCCUUGAGAAAGCUACACAAGGAGGGAAAACUCAUCCGCGCCAUCGAUGAGGUUUCCGAGGCAGCAAACGCCGUUUGUGAGAAGAUCCUCAAGGACAUUGUGACCACAGAGCCACCGGUGGUUGUACAAGAAGCUCUCCAAGUCAAGCAAACCAUUAAAACUGGAGCGGGUGGAGAACAGCUAGUGAUGCCCCAUCUCAUCAAGAAACUGGAUCCCAUACAAUCCGAUAAAAUAGAGCAUAUAGCUAGGCGCUGCAUGCGACAAUUGAGCGAAUUGGCCAAUCAACCGGACUACGAUAAUCUGACAGGAACCACCUGUAAUACCACCAAUGCUCCACCAGGUGGUGCAGCCGCUGAUGCCACUCUCGUUUGUCCCGUUCCAGAAAAUCAAGGGAAGACGACGCUUGAGGAGAUUGACAAGAUUAUGCAGGAGUGCGAGCGUCAGGCAAAGAGCAGCAGCAGUACCACCAUCACCACCACAACCACCGAUGAUCAGCGCACCACUGCCCCCAGUUUGACCAGUGGCAGUGGUGCCAGCGGCAGCGGCAGCAGUUUCCCACCCAAUGUGAGCACCACCGCCAGUUCGUUCAGCUCGAGCAGCGAUUGCUUGGCCAAAUCUUCGAGUUCUUCGCGCGGCGCCAGUCGUCCGCUCUCCUCGAGCAUCACCUCCUUCAAUCCGUACUCCUCCAGCGACUACAUCAAGUCGCAGAGCAGCGAUUGCCAUGCACCCAGCACCGAUCCGAUCAAGACCUUUAGCACCACCUCCUAUGAGGUUCAGUCCACACCGCAGAGCAGCACCAUUAGCACCAAGACGAUCAGUAGCACUAGUAAUCCAACGAGUGUAGAGACGAAGCCAACUGUUUCCACGGAUUCACCACCACCGCUUCAACUGACACCAGUGGGUGAGAGGAGGAUUAGGGGAGCCUCCUGCUCCUCCAGCACAUCCUCACCAUCGCAGUACAACUCCAGCGAGGAGCUGGCCGCCAUUUUUGGCAUCGAAGAGCCAGCGAAGCAUCAUCAUCAUCACCAACGCAGCCGACAGCUGACAGAAACCAUUGCGGCCUCAAGUGACUUAUCCACAGCACCUGCCACUGCCAAAACUAGCUGCCAGCCACCUGAGCCACAGAAGUCGCAACAGAAGACCACCACCAAGGAUUCGUCUGAUUCCAGUUCGCAAAAGUCAUCCAGCGGAUAUCGUGGUCAUCAUCCGCACUUCCAUCAUCACACCACGCCCGCCUACUACACGGAUCUCCAGCUGAGGAUCCACACGCCGAAUGCAUCGGAUGUGGGUGCCUUGAAUGAGAAUUAUCGCAGUGUUUACAGUACUCCCAGUACGCAGCUAGUGGAACAGCGCUCCUUUCCCAAGAGCUCCUCGGCCACCAAGGAUCCACCUUUGUCUUCUAUCAGCAAUCCUGCGAGGUCAACUUUUUUUCGUGGAGACUCUGCGUCCAGCGACAGUCACACAAGACUCCAGCGUCGCAGUCAGCAGAGAUACGGCAGCGAACCGGGACGCUUCAACAGAUACUCUCAGGGAUCUGCGAGCCCUACCAAAGGUGAACUUGAAUCUGGCCAGGAGCCAGUCCUCUCCAGUCACCACUCCCCCAUCAACACAUCCACCAAUAGCACUAGCAAUACCACAACCAUUAGUAGUUGUAAUCCCGUAGAGCCAGAACCCAGUAGCCUAGCUAAUCCCAGUGGCGCCACAUCUGGUCGCAACAGCCGGCACAAGCAGCGUUUCCACAGCAGCCGAUCCCGUCGAGCGGUGCGCGUGCGCAGUGAAUCGCGUCCUAUCAGCGCCCUCUACGACAUAAUAUGCAAGGAGAAGAACCUGGACAACAGCAGCAGCAGCAGCAGCAACGAGGAAAGGGAGAAGGAUCUGGAGAAGAGGAGUCCUCAGAAGACGUCGACUGAUCAGGAGAAGUCGCCCACAACCGACAAGCUGGCGACCUUUUGGCCCCUGCACCAUCACUACCUCAAUCCCCCGAUGAGCAGCGGCAACUCGGGCGGCCCAUCCAAGAAGCAGCAGCAGCAGCAGGAGAAGCCAGGUCACCAUUUGCUCCAAGGAGCAUCCAAGGAUUUGCCCGCCGGCAGCAGCAACAGCAGCAGCGAUGAUGAGCGGGCACUGCACUCCAGUCGCAAGGUUACCAAUCUGAAGGCCACUUCGCUGCCGCCGGAGGAGGGGUUGCCCUCUGAGAUUAGCCUUUCUUGCUCCUCCUCCAAUCGACUGAAUCUCCGUUUGGCCAGGAGUUUGGAGCCAUCAGCUCGCAAUAUCCAAGCGACGGCUUCCCGGGAAGUUCAGAACUAUGAUGCCGGGGAGCCAGUAAAUACGGAUAGAUUGUUUGUAGAACCUCCGAAGGUAUCGCUUUCCGCCAUUAGGAACACCCUAUACGAUCAUGAUGAUCUGGAGAUUGAAGACUGCGAUAGUACCACCCAAUUCGAUCAGGGCGAUGUCCUUGAUACCCUGGAACGCUGGAACCAGGAAGUCGGCAAUUCCGGUUCGGGAGCUCAGCUAAUGAAUGGCGGAGCCAAUGGCCAUCAUCAUCAUCAAUCGGAUCCCGAGGCAGACCAUCACGAUCACGAACAACCCGAUCAUCUCGAACAGAAUGCACAUCAAUCAUUGCCAGUAGAACCCAAGUCUCUUCAUCAUCAUCAUCAUCAUCAGGCCACCAAUGCGCGCAGAUUCAUAACGCGCACCACGCGUUCCGCCAGUCGCCAAAGUUCCGCCGGACAUUCGCCUCCACCACCGCUCCAUCGCAGUGACGACUCCUCCAGCAGUUCACCCACCCAUUCUCCAGCCACCCGUAGAAGGAAUAAAUUAGGAGGUGGUGCUAACGAUCCACCAUCCUCCUCCGCGAAUGGAAAUAGCUCCGCUUAUGAAACGGCAGCCACGACUGUGAUGACCCAUGACCACCACCACCAGCAGCAGCAGCCACGACAUCCUCCAGUUGAAGUUCCUAAGGCUCUAGUAGCCAUCGAUCCGCAGCCAGAAGCAGCCAUCAGCGUCCUGGGUUCGUGUCCCACUGCAGCUGUUAAUUCAGCCAGCCAAAGUCGAGGAAAAGCUGGCAAAUGCAGUAUUAAUUGCACCUACAGCCACAGCAGCAGCAGCAACAACAACUGCAACGCGAGGCAACGCAACAGCAGCAGCAACAACAAUAAUACUAAACAACAGCAACACGCCACGCCCAUGCCGCCCCUAGCUAAUGCCAACAAAGCGCCGUUAAUUGUGCUUAAGACACCCGCCACAUCUGCAGCAGCAGCAGCAACAUCCAUCGCAGUUGCAACAACAGCAGCAACAUCCAUCGGCACGGCAGCAACAUCUGCUGCUGGUUCGCCCAUUAAGCGUCGCAAGAAUCCCCUAUCGCCACUGCGUCUCGGUCACCAGUCCACCAUUGCUCCUCCGCAGGCCAUUGCCAGUCCGCUGCUCAGCGGCGGCAGCUGCUCCUCCUCGACCACCUCGCCCCAAUCCUCGCCAGCUGUUCGCACCACCAAGGCGAGUCGCCUGCGCGCCGCCGCGCUUGAUAAAAAGAAGGAAGAGGAGCAGCGCCAGCGUUACACUUCGCCAGUUUCCCCAAGAAUCCCCUCCAGCAACGGAGGAGGACCUGUAGCCCAACGUCGUCUCAGCAGCUCGGAGCUAUCGCCCAAGUCGCCAGGUGCUGCUAGUGGAUUUAACUCGGAGCCAGCUCCAUCUUCAGGUAGUAGAAUCCCGUCGAGAUCUGCCUCCCAACCGGUGGACACACCGCCCACCCAAAGAAGGCAGCCUCUGGUGGCCGUCAGUUCGGGAAUCUCCAUGAAGCAGAGUCUCAGCGAAUUGCACUUUACGGGCGGAGCUGUGAGUCCGCCCAAGGCAACGGCGGAAUGCACUCUUCGGAUGCGACCACGUAGCUCCACCAUGAGCACCGAGAACACGGAGAACGGACGACGUGACCACUUGGCCAAUCUGCAACUGAGUCCCGUGCAAAAGCACAAGAGAACGCCCGAAGUUUCACCACGUCGUUUGGGAGAUCGCGACAAGUCGGCUAAACGGAAAUCGAAUCUGAAUCGUUCGUUGACCGAGGAAGCCACCAAGGAUGGCGAUGAGGUAGCCACUUCAACGCGCCGUCGACGACGUCGUGAACUGGGAAUGGCUCGACCUUUGGUGCCCGGGGAUGAUGAAGCUCUGAGGGAUUUGCUCCAAACACCGCAGAAAAGUUCCUGCAGCGAGUCUACGAACUCAAUUUCCGAGCCCUACCGUCAGUUUAUACCUGCUGUUCGCCAUCCGGAGGUUCCUGUGCGCACGAUGACUGCUGUUUUGCCUGCUCCAAGACCUCUGCAUGCUCCAGUGGCCAGGAGUGUCACCCAGAAAUUUAAUGAAAGGACCAAGACCGAGCUGGCGGAGAUUAAGAAGAUUGCCGAGCAAUCGGAACCGCAGCCCCCAGCGGUGGAUGAAAGCCAGAAAAUGGCGGCCAUAGCGAGGAGGAAGAGCACGGAUGAGGGAGGAGGAUUACCCAACCAGAAUUCACCACCUGCUCCGAAUCAAAUUGUAUCAAUACUAAAGAAGAAGGAGCACGGACUGGGCGAUUGCAACUCGAGUGCCUCGAGCAAUCCUUCGCCGGUGACCUUCUCCUCGAGCGUUAUGGAUAAUCCACUGGCGGGCGCCAGUCGCUGCAAAAGGCAGGGAAUCCUGAAGAAGAGAUCGAGCCUGGAUGAAUCACGCUACUAUUCGCGUUCCCAUUCACCCGACGAACGGAGUAUUCUCAUCAAGUCGGCGAGGAGGAAUUCCCUGGAGGAAGCGGGCACUGGAUUGAGUCCAGCUCAGGCCCAUGGAAUCUUGAAGCAGAGCAGCUACGACAGCAGCAAGAGUGAUGGUUGCCCCUCGGCCAACGAGAGUCAACCGCAUAGCAUCCUGAAGAAGAAGGACUCGCUAUCCACACCCUCGGAUGGGGGAUGCCACAAGCAUGUUUCCAUUUCCCAGGCUGUAACCUUGGCUGCCGCCGAACUGGCCGCCCAUGAUGGCGUUACCUUUGGUGAAGACGGUGAAGAACACGAUAUACGACCCAUCUUGAAACAGGAGAGCACCUCCAGCGAGGAGGCAGUCCGUCCCCCGAAGCCCAUACUUAAAAAGAAGUCCUUUGGCGAGGCGGAUGAACACGAAAUACGCCCGAUACUGAAGAGCUCGCGAAAGAGCAGUCGCGAGGAGUUUGAUUUGAGUGGUUUGGAGAGCAACGAGGUCAACGAUUCCCUAUCCUCAAUCCUCAAGUCGGAUUCGCCUUCCAAGCGUCGAUCGCUGGGCUCUGCUUCCCAUGAUUUAGAGGAAACCAGCACUUCGCCCAGUUUGCUAAAGAGGCGAACCCGUUCGCUGGAAAGGAGGGACGUCCAGCCUGGCAUGGAUUUGGCAGCCGCACUGGAUGCUAUUGCCAAUUCGCAGGUUGCCCCUAGUACUCCCGUGGAUUUUGUGACCACUCCAUCGAGUAUUUCGGUGGCCGAGCGGAUUAAGCGCAUGGAGAUGCUCUCGACGCCCACUUCCCGUGCGGCGGGUGGAGCCAACAGCAGCUGGGAGUCACCGCUGCAGGCUUCGACAUCGGAGCAGGCAGGAGGAGGAGCUGCUGCCACGCCAAGGGUACUCAAGCCCAGUGUCCUGCGCAGGGAUUUGCAGAGAGAGCGGUACAAAACGCAACCCGUGACCAACGAGGAGAUGAGCUUCUUUAAAGCCAACUCCGCGCCCUUCGACAUCUCGGCCUCGUCGGCCUUCAAGCCCACCAAACCGCUGGACAUUCGCUUGAGCCACGCGCCGCUGGCACCGCUGAUUUCGCCGAUAACAGGACAACCACUGAGUCACGUGCCUGCUCCUCUCCUGCUAUCUUCAUCCACGAAUUCGGGAGUGGGAUCCUCCUUCCGUUUGGGUCGCAGUUCCACGCAGCCACUGCAAUCGCCCCGAGUUGUCCACUUGGCCAGUCAGGCGGCUCCUGGUGGAUCAUCUGCAUCAUCCUCGCUGUUGGCACGCCAAAAUUCGAUCAACGACACCAGCAGCGUCAAUCUCAGCGAGCAGCUAACUUUAUCCAUUGGAACGGACAGUGAGCACAUCUUCGAGAUGUCCGCCUUGGAGGAGGAUUCGGCCAUUCAGUCGCUGAGCGAUGAGACAGCCGCUUCCGCAUCUGCAAGUUCAAGCUCAGCAGCCACCGCAACCACUACGACGACCACCACCACUCCACCAUCAAGUGGUUUAACGCGCAGCAAUAGCGUUCGAGCCAGGGCCAAUAUGUUCCAGCAAUUGCAGGAGCAGUCGCGCAAUCAACGGGCAACGGGAGCCAACCGUCAAUCUCCACCAGCUGCGGCGGAAGUGUCUUCAAACCAAACCGACAAUUCCAUGCAAAGUGAAGAGCUGUCCACGCCAAAUGCAACGAUAGAUGCGGAAUUUGAACCCUCAUCUCUUUCGCUGGCCGAGCGUCUGGCCUUCUUCAGCAAUCUUUGCGAGAGCGGCGGCGGCGGCGGUGGAGGAGGCAGCGCCAGUGGAAGGUAUCGCAGUCGCACCAGCAGCUACUCAAGGAGUCCACCCAUCGAAAGGACGACGCCCAGGAGCAGCACCACCGCCAGCAGCACCAGUGUGACGCCCACGCCCAUGGAUUACUCACCCAUACCGCAUGAAAAGGAGUUAUCUAGUCUGACGCUAGAGAGCAUCAUUGAACCGGAGGAGCAGGAGGAGCAGGUCACCAAGGACCAGGUGGACCUGGAUGAGCAGGUUAAGCUAAGGAAAAAGGAUACUCCGCCUCCUGUUCUAAGGGAAUCGCCCCUGCACAAUGGCUUUCAUGUUCUGACCAGAUCCGCCACCGAUCCGCCGUCAAGCCAAUCUUCUCUCCGCAUUACAGUACGCACUCCUGGCAAGCUAAUACUGCCUGAUACUUUCAGAGGAGAUAGGAAUAAUAAUAGCGGUAGUGGCUCUAACAGCUGGAACUCCUGCCUGGUUAAAUUGCAAACUCUAGAGCCUGUGAACCUCUCCGUUCAGCUGCGCACCAUAGGCAAAGUGAAGUCCCCCUUUAUAGAAAAGCAACAGGAAAAGCAGCUAGCAAAUGGCACCACCAGCGAUAGUGGUUCGGAUUCGGGCAAGGAGAAUUGCGCCUCCAAUCAGCAGAUAAAUCAUCAGGAAAGUAAUCAGAAUCCCCAGGAGGAAGAGAAUCGUGCUCCACCCAGAGUAUCCGAGAUGAGGAGGAAGAUCAGUCGAUUGGUGCAGCAACAGCAGGUGCAACCACAACCCGUCAAUCGGCGACACACCACCGAGAUCACCUCGGUGACCAUAGGAGCACCACGUUCGCCCAACGUAGACGAUCGCUUUGCCAAGUAUUUCGGGGUAAAAGAAAGCUUCAAUAGCACCACCACCCUAAUGAAAACUCAAUCGCUGCCCAGCCAACAAGUAGAAGCCACCAAUGCGCAUGUUAGAAUACCACCCAUAACCACAGUGGUUUCCAAGCGACGAGAGCUGCUCAAAAGGACGCGUCCCUUGUCCAUGGAUCACUAUUCGAGUGGCUGCACCAGUCCCACGGCGAUGCCAAGUCCGAAGAGAGCACAUUCACCGGUGAAUCGACGAAAGGCCACCAUUUCCAGCUACGAAGAUAUUGAGGUCACACCCGAUGAACUCCGUGCGGCUGGCAAGGAAUUUAAGCUGUUGUACGGCGAGUUAUUGGGCUGAAAAAUUUGAUAUUUUGGCCAAGCAUUCAAAAUUUCCCAAUUUUUCAAAACAAAAACCGAAACCCAAACCCCCUUUCAUUUUCGAAACCCCCAGAAAUUAUGCUCUCUUCGUGUGGGUCCUGCGCUCAGUGUGAUAGAUGCGCCCGAUCCCAAUCCUGUCCACCUGUAGUAGUCUCGUAGUA